AUGGCGGAAGACGCGAUGGGCAUGGAUGGAGGAGGAGGAGGAGGAGGAGGAGAAGCGGCGGCUGCAGGGUGUAAGGAUGACUCUCCUCUUACUGCAAGACUUGAGAGCAAGGCAUGGAAGACCCGUAUGGAGGCCUACAUCGAGCUUGCUGAGAUGCUCUCGAAUGUGGAAGAGGGCGACGCAUGCCUCGAGGAGUUUGGCCCCUUCAUCUCGAAAGCAGUGUCAGACAGCAACGUGAAUGCGCAAGAUAAGGGGAUUGAUGCAGGAAUCAGCUUCGUCAAGAAAGCUUCAGGUCAACUCUUAUCAAAGGUUGCAGCAAGUAUCAUUUCCAAAGCGGUAGAGAAGGCCUUCGUUCAGGCCAAGUGCAAAGCGAAGGCGCAGGAGCUUUCCCUGGCAUUGAUCGAGGCGGAUUGCGGAGAGAUCGUGACAGACGAGCUGAUCAAGGGCUGUGGCAACAAACAGCCUAAGAUCUCUGGAGCAGCUGCCGAAUGCUUGCGAUCGGCCGUUCAAAGCUUCGGGUUGCGAGCGCUUGGUCCUCAAUCUAAGGCUGUUGUGAAGUUGUCAGUCACAUUGUUCGAUAGCACCGUGGCGGCAGUGAGAGCAGAAGCGCUUCCUCUCGCCGUCGAGCUGCACAAGUACAUGGGAGCUGCUCUCCGCCCCAGCUAUGACAACCUUCGUCCCGCCCAGCAGAAGGAGAUGGACGAGGCGUUUGCCUCUGCUGGACCCCCGCAACCGACGAGGGAGACUCGAUCUUCGGCAUCGAGAAGUGCUCUUGCAAGCAGUCAAUCCGCUUCUUCCUCCGCCAAAGACAGCGCCGCUUCCGCCCCCGCCCCCGCCCCCGCCGCUGAUGUCGAUCCCAUGGACUUCUUUGAUCCGGUAGAAAUCUUGAGCAAACUACCCAACGGGUGGUGCGACAAGGUCCUUGCAGCCCCCAAGUGGCAGGAGAAGAAGGAGAUGAUCGAUAACCUGAUCGAACUGGCCAGUGCUCCGAAACUCGCGUCCGGGGACUACCUGGAGAUCGUCAAGACCCUCAAGAGACUCGCAAACGACUCGAUGGUCGUCGUCGUCUCCACGGCCAUCACCGCUGUCGGGCUGUUGGCUCGGGGCCUGCGCAAGGAGUUCUCUCAGGGAGGGCGGAUGAUCUUCUCGACUCUUCUUGAUCGUCUCAAGGAGAAGGACAACCGCGUGAAGGAGUCCGUGCACUCCACCUUGGACUCCUUGACAGGCAAGUGCGUGGCGCUGGCAGACGUGAUGGAGGACCUCUGUACAGCGCUGGGACCCAAAGGGAACCCAAAGUCCAAGGUUGAGAUCUUGAAAUACUUGAAGAGAGUAACGGAUGCGAAAAGUUGCACUAUACAACCAAAGAACCUCAAGCCAUUAGUCGAUUUGUUGAUCAAAGGUGUUGACGAUAGCGCUCCUGAUAUCAGGGAGGCCUCUUGCGCGGUCGUUGCCUCCUUCGUGACAGUGUGCGGUAUGCCAAGUAUGAAGGGUUUCCUUGACGCUCUAGAUGACAAGAAGAAGAAGAAGAUCGAGUCCAUGCUCGAGGGCCCCGGCCAAACUGAAGCUCCUCAACCUCCUGCGCCUGCGGCUGCGGCUGUGAGGAAAUCGAGCACGAGCAUCAAGAGCGAACCUUCAGCCCCCAAGGAAACGGCAGCAGUGAAACCAGCAGCCAAGAAAGUCGCCAAGCCAGCGGCUGCUGCGAAACCCGCGAGUGCGAAAGAGACAAGCAGCAAUGCCAAGGACUCAAGUGAGACUGACGUGACUGCCGGGACCCCAGUAGAGCAGCUGGAUGCUCUCGUUGAAGAGAUUGUCUUGCAGGAGAUCCGCACAAAACUUACCAGCGCGAACUGGAAGGAGAGAUUAGAAGGAGCCGAAGCCUUGGAAUCGGAGGUGAAAGAGCAGGGCAAAGAAUAUCAAGUAGCUUCCGGUGAAGCAGUCAUUCGUCUUCUCAGCAAGACGUUCGUUGAGAAGAAGGAAACAAACUUUCAGGUCAUGGCCAAGGCUUUUGCGAUUGUCCAGUGCAUCGCUGAGUUGUGCCCGAAGAUGUCGAAGCGUUCAGCCUUCUGGUUUAUCCCGAUGCUGCUCGAGAAACUCGGAGACGUGAAGCUCAAGGGCCCGGCAAACGACUGCUUGUUUGCAAUGGCUGAAGCCGUCUCCCCGCAGUUCGUCUUGAAUCAAGCUUACGAAGUCUUGCCGAAGCAGAAGAACCCGAAAGUUAUGGAGAACUCGAUCAUGCUGGUGAACUCGAUGGUGUCCGACUUUGGCCUGAAGGUCGUCAAGCCCAAACCUCUUCUUGACUUUGUGAAGACGAUGUUGGAUCAAACAAACCCGGCGACCAAGAAGGCUGCCGUUGAGCUUGUCGUUACCAUGCGGAAGCAUCUUGGACCUGAUCUCCGCAAUAUGUUGAACGACUUGAAACCUGCGCUGUUGUCGACCAUCGACGAAGCUUUCUCCAAGGUGAACAAUUUGCGACUCCCCGCAUCCUCCUCGCACUCACUUCUGCUCCAGAUACAAGACACCGAGGCUGUGCUGGCUCCUAAGCGUCAAGUCAAGUGCGAAGAAGAGUCAGCAGCUGCUGCGGCUGGGGGAGAGGGCGAGAUUGUGAACCUGACGAGCCAGAUAGGAGCGCAUCUGAAGGCGCUCGGUGACGCAAACUGGAAGGAACGACAAGCAGCGAUCACCGCCAUCGACGAGAUCGUCACUCAAGCCAAGCCCCUGGGGUGCACAGGGCCUUACAUGGAGGGACAGUGCGGGGAGAUGUGGGCUGCGAUGAAGGCGAGGCUGAAGGACAGCAACAAGAAUCUGUCGAUCCAGGUGUUGGCCCUCCUCGCGAAGAUCGCAGAUGCUGUUGGAGCCCCGGUUGACAAGUACAGCAAGCACAUCUUCCCCAACAUGCUCUCGCUGAUUUCAGACAACAAGAAGACUGUCCGUGACGCGGUCCUCAACUGCCUCGAGACCUGGUCUAAGUACGUGUCCACCGAGACCAUCAUCAAGUACUUGCCUGUCGCGCUCUCUGUCGAUGCCCCUGCUGGACGCGAGGACGCGGUCAAAUGGGCCGCAGAGUACUUGUCGCGCACCACCAAGUCCAACGACCUGGACCUCUCCCCCAUCCUGCAGCCUGUGAUGGAUUGCCUGAUGCACAGGGUGGCGGAGGUCAGGAACGGGGCCGAGAGAUGUCUGGUCGCCAUCUACGUGUGCGGGGGCAGGGAGCUGAUCAAUCGAGCCCUGCGAGACAUGAAGCCGGCGCAGCUCAAGGGCAUCAAACCUCUCUGCGAGAAGGCAGAGAAGGCGGCCAUGUCCCAGGCCCCCGGGAAGGAUGCGGACAAUCAGGUCGAGCACAAGGUGGAAGAAACGCUGUCGAAGGCAGCGAGCGAGGAGAUCAGCCAAGUGGCGACCAAGAAGGCUGUCAAGGCGGCAGAGAGCUCCAACGAGGCAGUAGAAGCCGCUGCACCGAGUGAAGACCUGGCAGAGAAACCCUUGCUAAGAUGCAACAACGGGAAGGAAGCGAGGUACAAGAAGUACGGCAAGGCGAAGUGGAUCCUGGAUGACGCCAAGGAGAUAGACAACUUGAUCAGCAUGGUUGGAGAGCAGAUGUUGUCAGUGGCGAACGAGGACUUGCACAGCAAGUUGUUCAGCAAAGACUUCAAGAAGCAGGUGGACGGGAUGAAGGAGUUGACGAGCUUCAUUCAAGAGCAGCACCAGCCGUUGAUCGACAAUCUGGACCUCAUCCUCAAGGUCUGCUCUCUCCGCAUGGUCGCCAAGGCCUCCAACACCUCCGUCCUCCUCGGCGUGCUCGACCUCUUGAAGCAUUGCUUCGAGCAGUUGGUCGUUCACAAUCACUGCCUGGACGACACGGAGGCUCAGGUGAUCCUGCCGGUGCUGAUGGAGGAGGUUGGAAGCAACAGCGAUGUGAUUCGCAAGUCUGUGCGAGAGCUGCUGAAGAAGGCGACGCAAGUGUAUCCCGCCAGCAAGAUCUUCUCCUUCGCUCUCGACUCGGCGCAGAACACAAGGAACCAGCGGUCGCGGGGUGAGAUCCUGUCGGAGAUGUCGGCCCUUAUCGAGAGGCUGGGGCUCGAGCAGGUCUGCACUCCCUCCAAGGCGCUCACAGCCAUCGCGUCCUUCAUCUCCGAGCGCGACCCGCUCGUCAGGAACGCAGCGUGCGAUUGCAUCGCCGCGGCGUACUCGAGCAUGGGAGACAAGGUGUGGAAGUACCUCAACAGGCUGGAGGGCAAGGAGAAGGACAUGCUGGAGGCGAGGCUCAAGAAGGCGAAGCCGCCGCAGACAAGCGACUUGCCGAGACCCUCGACCUCCUCGGAGAUGCGCCGGUCGAUGCCCGAGGUGUCAACAGAGAAGAUGGCGGUUACAAGGAGCAGCGUGCCCUCUCUCGAGCCCUCCAGCUUUGUGCCGACGCCAGUCAAGUGCAAGGAGUCGAUCAGUGAGCUCCUGGAGGCCCCGACCCCGACCAUCAGCAACAUCCGGAGUCGCUUCCAGGCGUCGGAGGUCAAAGCUGAAGACAAGAGCGACAGCCGUGGCGAGGACGUGCGGGCGAUCCUCGCUGAGUUGUCGUCUCCAGCUCCCCUUGAGCAGAUCGAGGGGCUGAAGAAGCUCACGGCGGCCAUGGAGAACGAUGGCAGCCGGGGGGCGAACCUGAGCAGCAAGGCGGACGAGGUAGUGCAGGCGCUGCGAGGGCUGAUGGCUGCAGGGCUUGAGAGCGAUCUCAAGGAUGAGAGCGUCUUCCGCGUCGUCAAGUACUCGCUCAACGCUGCCCACAUCCUUUUCACCGACAAGUCUGACGCUACCCGGCACGUGAAGGACUCGACGCUGGGGGCGCUCAUCGAAGAGCUUUUGAUCCGCCUGCACGACCAGAAGUUUCAGACGGACGAGGCGUACGAGGUGCUGAUGAAGGGGAUGAACGAGCUGAUGAUGAACAUCCUGCACAACGGGAACGCGAACCAUGUCUUCACGGUCCUGAUCCGAUUCCUCUACGAAGGAGCUCCCCUCUCCGGGGGACGAGAUGUAACAGCCGAGUUCACCGACGGCGUUCUGCGUUGCUUGCUGGAGAUGGCAAGGAAGAUGCAGUCGUUCGCUCCUCGCCUCGAUAUCGACAUGCUGCUCUACGACGCUCACAUGUUCCUGGUGGCCCAUCCUCCCUCCAAGUACCGGGGGCGAGAGUUCCGCCCCCUCCGCCUCCUCAAGACCAUUCUCAACGAGCUGGUGAAGCUCAAGGGCGAAGGCAUCCGCCAGCACCUCACCCUCGUCCCCGUCGAGUCGAAGCCAACGCUCUGCUCGUACCUUGAGCUCGUCCUGCAGCAGCACGCGAGCAAGGCAGGCGGAGCGAAGCCGUCGGGAGGAGAGGACAUCUCCGCGAUCUUCGACAAAAUCGGGAGCAGAGAUAAGGACGUGGCGAAGGAGGGCUUCAAACUGCUCUACCUCUACAAGCUCAACCACCCUGACUUCAGCCUCGACCAAUACCUCUCCGGCAGGUCUCCGCAGUUCCAGGAGCACGUGCACAAGAACCUCGCCAAGGUGCAGGCGCAGCAUGAGGCCGCGAGCAGCGCGAGCAGCAUGCCGCUCCAGAGCGCCAUGUCCAUCGCCAACAAGGGGAUGACGCCCCUCGACCUCAAGCCAAGCGGCGCUGGUGCUCUGCUGGACAAGCUUCAAGGGAUCCGAAGUCAGCUGGGGAUCGGAGGGGCGGGGCAGGAGGCAGAGGCGGCAGGAGAGAAGGAGGAAGAGGAGGAGAAGGAGAGCAGACAGGCAGACGAGAACAGAAGCAGCUUGACCAGCUCGUCUGUCGUCAGCCUCCAGGAACGUCUCGCCAAGUUGCGAUCGUAG